AGGGACUUGGCUCUCCUUUUGAAGCUCAUCUUUACAUCUCUUCUGCUCAGCCAUUUGGCAAACUUACUCCUGCAAACAAAAUGAAGCAGACCUUCACAGCAAGAUCAUCCUCAUCAAGCUUGAAGUCCUUCCCGGCCAGGGGCUCUGUAAGGGUCAGCCAGACCUUUGGCGGUGGUAGCACCUACGGUGGUGGUCAUUCUUUUGGUGGUUUUGGCACUGGUGUCAAUUAUGGUAGUGGUUUUGGUAACAUUGGUGCCUCUAGCAGUUCAGUGAUGAUGAGCUCCAGGGGUGCAAUGAGUUUCGCUGCACCACCAUCCAUCACAGCCGUCCAGGUCAACCAGAGCCUGCUGGCCCCCCUGAACCUGGAGAUCGACCCCACCAUCCAGGCUGUCCGCACCCAGGAGAAGGAGCAGAUCAAGACCCUGAACAACCGUUUCGCCUCCUUCAUUGACAAGGUUCGUUUCCUGGAGCAGCAGAACAAGAUGCUGGAGACCAAAUGGAGCCUCCUGCAGGAUCAGACCACCACCCGUUCCAACAUCGACGGCAUGUUUGAGGCCUACAUUGCCAACCUGCGCAGACAGCUCGAUGGGCUGGGCAACGAGAAGGUCAAGCUGGAGGGAGAGCUCAAGAACAUGCAGGGCCUGGUUGAGGACUUCAAGAGGAAGUAUGAGGAUGAAAUCAACAAACGUGCAGCUGCUGAGAAUGAGUUUGUGCUCCUGAAGAAGGAUGUUGAUUCCGCAUACAUGAACAAGGUGGAACUGGAGGCCAGGGUCGAUGCUCUUCAGGAUGAGAUCAACUUCCUCAGGGCCGUCUAUGAGGCUGAGCUUCGUGAGCUGCAGGGCCAGAUCAAGGACACCUCUGUCAUUGUGGAGAUGGACAACAGCCGUAACCUCGACAUGGAUGCCAUUGUGGCUGAAGUGCGUGCUCAGUAUGAGGACAUUGCCAACCGCAGCAAGCAAGAAGCAGAGACCUGGUACAAACAGAAGUAUGAGGAGAUGCAGUCCUCUGCUGGACAGUACGGUGAAGACCUGCGCUCAACCAAGAGUGAGAUCGCUGAGCUGAACCGCAUGAUUGCCCGUCUUCAGAAUGAGAUUGAGGCUGUCAAGGGACAGAGGGCCAGCCUGGAGGCUCAGAUCGCAGAGGCUGAGGAGCGUGGUGAGCUGGCAGUGAAGGAUGCCAAGCUCCGCAUCAGGGACCUGGAGGACGCUCUGCAGAGAGCCAAGCAGGACAUGGCCCGCCAGGUGCGUGAAUACCAGGAGCUGAUGAACGUCAAGCUGGCCCUGGACAUCGAGAUCGCCACCUACAGGAAACUGCUGGAGGGAGAAGAGAGCAGACUGGCCACAGGAAACGCCGCAACUAUCCACGUGCAGCAGACCUCUGGAGGAUCGUCCAUGGGAUAUGGCAGUUAUGGUAGCGGAGCUGGAUUUGGCAGCAGCAGCAGCUCCUAUUCUGCUGGGUCUUCUAUGGGUGGUGGCAGCAGUACAAUCACGAAGACGUCAGUUCAGUCAAUUAGUGGCAGGAGAUACUAAGAAGUCUUUUAAAAAGGAGAGCCGUCCUCCCUCUUUUACUUCAGAAACUCUUGAAUUUGGUCUAAAUCUCUACCCUCUUAUGGUGCUAUGCAGUACUGUCAAGCAUGUUCAGCAACAAGGCUGAAUAUCUCAACCGGCAACUUUAUUCUGUUCUGUUCAACAACAUUUAACAGGAGUUUCUGAAGGUAAGCAUGGUCUUAAACACACAAAGGCCAGGUCAGUUAGCAAGGCAAAACUUAUUUUCUUUCUGCACUGACUUCCAAAAAAUAAGAAAAAAAAGGAAAACAAAAGUUAAGUGGGAGUGUUAAAACUAAGCAUGGAAAGCAUUUGAAAAUCUGUAUUAAGUUUUGCACUGUAGUUUGCUCUGAAAGAUCCUGUAGCUCACACGGGCAGAAAGAUCUCGACAUUUGAGAGCUGAUAUAACGAAUAAGAGCAAGUCACUGACCAACUCUGAUCAUCAUCAGAGAAAUGCAGGAUUAAGACAUUUGUGUGACUUUACAUGUUUACAGUUAAACUUUGAACUGACUGGUUACUGGUUUGCUCUUUUUCACUGUUCUGUCCAACCUUUCCCUGCUUAGUUUCGCCUCUCAUUGCCUUCAAACUAAUGCUGAGACCAGAUUUAUUUUGUAAAAGCCUUCCUAGCAACAUGACUGAUGACUGUUGCAGUAAAUGACAUCAAAAAUAAAUCUGAAUAAAAAAGAAUCUGGGAACAAAAA